AUGGCCGUUGGUGAAGAUUUAUUCAAGAAACAUUGUGCAACCUCUUUGGUAGUUCCUGCACCAAUAGAGCUAUCGUUCCUUACAGCCAGUCUUUGUAUCUUCUUCACUCUAACAAGCAUACCAGGAAAUCUUCUGAUAAUCUUAGCAGUCGUUCUUAACCCGAACAGAAAUCUCCGCACUCCAUUUAAUUGGCUGGUCGUAAAUUUAGCCGUAGCUGAUUUGCUCGUUGGCCUUUUCACCGAUCCCACUAUGGUCGUCAUACAUGUGAAAGAGGGAGUAGGCAAGAAACUCUCUCAAGCCGACCGAUAUUCGGCUCAUAUGAGCUACUUCAUUGCAUGUAGCGCCUCGGUAUUGAGCAUUACUACUCUAGCAGUAGAAAGAUAUCUCGCGGUUAGAAAACCAAACAUUUACAACAGUAGUGUGACGAGCAAACGGAUAGUGUUGACGAUAGUAGGCACUUGGCUUUUGUCGCUCAGCCUACCCAAUGUAUAUUUCGAAGUCGACUACGUUUCAUACUCCUUCAUAUUUGCCAAUACUUGUGUUGCUAUUGCAUCGAUAAUAACUUGUCUGACAUGUAUUAUGGUGUUGAAAACGAUGAGAAAAAGAACAAAGAACAUGGUGAAACGUGCGCUGCCUGCUAAUCGUCGCACAGAUUUUGCAUUCCCAACGCCCGCCUUAGUUGUGAGUGCGCAUGAAACAGAAAUGAAAGUGACCAAAAUGUUCUCUGUCAUUCUUCUUGCCAUGUUGUGUUGUUAUGUUCCGUCAACUCUGUGCUCGUAUUUGUUGAACUUCUGCAAAUCGUGCGGCUGUACAAGUCUUCACUGGUUUCGCGACUUUCAUUUCGUUUUCGUGCUCAUGAACUCGUCGGUAAAUUUCUUCCCUUAUGCCCUGCAGUCACGAAAAUUCCGUAGCGCUUUUAUGAAGAUCAUCAAGCGUACUCAAAAUAGUGUAGAAAAUGAGACGAGUUUAGGUGUCCAACAUUUUACGAGUACUUGA